AUGGAUGCAAACAAUUUUUAUAAUGAAAAAGAUCAGGUAAAAUCUGAAGACUAUCUGUUUGUGGAUGCUCUGGAUUUUGGCACGACUUACUCAGGGUAUGUCUUUAGCUCUCGAUCUGAAUACAGGGAAAGCCCUCCUAAGAUCCACGCGAAUCAGGCCUGGAAUGCUGGAGGUUGUUCCUUGGCAUCAAUGAAGACUCCUACCUCCCUUCUUCUGGACUCUGAAGGCGAAUUUGUCUCUUUUGGUUACGAAGCAAAAAACAAGCAUGGCAGUUUGGUGAUGGAUGGAGCUAGUGAUAAUUAUUUGUUCUUCUCUAGAUUUAAAAUGAAACUCCACAACCGAGAUCUCUUAAAAGAAGACACCCAAACACCUGAUAUCUCCGGGAAACCUUGGCCAGCAAAAGAUAUGUUCACAAAAUCCAUUUAAGCUUUAAAGGACCAUCUGAUGGACCGACUUUCAUUGCAGGGGUUUGAUAUUACAACAAGUGAAA